ACUUUAUUUUAUUGGCAACAACGUUACCAUUGCGACGGUAACUAUGCAGGAAAGGCUAAAUAAACAAACCCCCCUUCAAAGCGGACCAAAUUUUUAAGAGAGUCGAAGUUUUGCUUCAAAUGUAGUGAUCAAAACGUUUACUAUCCAUAUUUAUUUUUUGAUAUUCCUAUACUUUUAUGAUGGCAGAUCGAGCAUUACCGAUUAUUUUUCUUAAUUUAAGUGGCGAAAUGCUUUAUGUAAUUCAACAACGACUUGAAGCUCAGAAUGUUUCUGAAGACAAAUCCAAUAAAGUUAUUGAAGAUAUUUUAACUACCAUGUUAAAUGACCAGUUUAUUGAAGAACUCUUUAAACCUCAAAACAUGUAUUCCCGAUCAGCUAUGCAGUCUGUUUUUGAAAAAUUGGUACACUCAUCAAUUAUGAGACUAAACACAACUAGCAUGAGUAAGCUUUAUGAUUUAAUGUUGAUGGUUUUCAAGUAUCAAGUAUUAAAUUGCCGAUGUGCUGAAGAUAUUCUUUUGGUUACAUUAAAUCACAUGGAUGCUAUAAGGAACUGUGCUGUCUCUUAUCAAGAAUUAAGGAUUAAAGUUGAAAAUGUUUUCUUUUUAUUAGUUUCAAAUUAUGAAGAUAUGAAACAUUUGGAUUAUGAAUGCUUAUUUAGCUGUAUUACAGCAUUUUUACAAGACCUGAAUAUUAGAGUGUCAGUAUUAAUGAGAUUAGGAUUACAAUUAUCUAAUGGAGAGAUUGUUCGCUGUGAUUCAAAAGCUGGCUUUGAAAGUUCUAUUUCUACAAUGCAAAAUGAUGAUUAUAUUGUGAAAGGAGAAGCAAUGCAAGAAAAAUGGAAAAAAAGUUUGCCACAAAGAUGCUUUGAUUUUGAUGGAAACAGGGGUAUUUCACUGGGAACAAACAUAUACAUAAAAUCUGCUGCAAUGUUUCCAGGUCUUGAUAAAGAAAAUGAUUCUGAUAUGAAUCAUAAAGAAUGCAACGAUAGUGGAAAAUAUCAUGCACUUGAGGAAGUAACCCUACUAAAUCGCCUGAUUGGAAAUUCUAGCCAGUCUGAGUUUGUUCCAGAUUUACUUUUUGCUUCUAUUGAUGAAGAAUCAAUAGAAUGUCAAAAAGAUUCAUAUGAGAAGAAUGUUGGUUGUUUUGUAACUAUUGAUGCUUCUCAGAAAAGUAGAAAUGAAUUAGGACAGUUAUCCCAAGAAUUCUUUGUGAAAGAGGAGAAAAAAGGAGAAAAUGACAUUUUAGAACUUUUGGACUUUGCAGAUAGUGAUAAAAUAUAGCACUUUUAGGGACUUUUUUGAAGAUGAAGUGUGAUUAAAUAUAAUUUCUUUGUAAAAUAUAUGAAGUUUGUAAACAUUUUUAUGUCAAUUAUGUUAAUCAAACAUUGUUCACUCUUUAUUUUAGAAGUUUAUAACACAUUCACUGUGAUAAAUUAGUUUAUUUUUAUUAUGUAAUUAAAAAUUAUUUUUA